CCGAUAUACAACGCUGGCCAUGGUUCAAACUGUGAGCAAGGCCAUAAGGGCAACGGCAUGUAGCAACUGUCGGGCCUCGUUAUUACGAUCCUUUACGUCGAUAGCUGGAGUUCAGUGGCACGCGAACACCGCCACUGCAACCCGGUUAUGGAGGAUACCAGGCGCAACCCAGACCUCGAUUCGAUAUUCUUCCAACGCAAGCGGUAGCUCGUCACAAUUUGAUCAUCAAGCAUUAGGAACGACUGGGGUGUCUGAUGCCACGAAGUUGAAAAAUAACGAAGCUACAGAAAGCGCUGUGUCGCAAGAGCUGGCUGCAGAGGAGGCAAUUGACGAGGAAGCAGUUGAACCCAAGGCAACUCCAGAGGCGGACACAUUACUCGAAGAAUAUACCCAAACAGAGUCACAGGCAUCGUCGACGCCAUGGUAUCUCCAAGUCGACGCUCCCAUGAGCCAUAUCCCGACCCUAUCUGAGCGCCAGAAAAUCCCCGACCUCCCCUCCUCUCCACCCGCAAUUUUGCAACCUCUCCUCGAGCGCAUCUCCGUUGACCUCGGCCUCGAUGAUCUCUCCCUACUUGACCUCCGCAAACUCGACCCCCCUCCUGCUCUCGGCGCCAACCUCAUCAUGGUUAUCGGCACCGCCCGCAGCGAGAAACACCUACACGUCUCCGCCGACCGCCUCUGUCGCUGGCUACGCACAGAGUACAAGCUGCGCCCCGAUGCGGAUGGACUCUUAGGCCGCAACGAGUUGAAGCUGAGGUUAAAAAGGAAGGCAAAGAAGGCGAAGUUGACAGGCAUGCCGCAUGAGGACGAUGCAGAUGAUGGUGUUAGGACGGGGUGGGUGUGCGUUAAUGUCGGGACCGUGGAGAGUGCAAAGGGUGCGGAGAGUGAGGUGACACAGCUGGACACCGGGUUUGUGGGAUUUGGGCGCCAGACCGAUGGGACCAAGAUUGUUGUGCAGAUGCUUGUUGAGGAGAAGCGCGCGGAACUUGACCUGGAGCGGCUGUGGGGUGGGAUUGCUAGGAGACAGACUUCUGGUCUACUUGCGGAAAUAGAUGCAGAUGGGUUUGUGGAUACUUCAGAAGGAUCCGUGGAUGAAAUCCACCCGCAAGAGUCAUCGCCAGUUGUCAAGGUUCACGACGCCUACGCAACCCCAUUUCCAACCACAGCGUCAUUUUCGCCUGUCGCCAUCGAACCCAAAGACGGCAACUAAUCUUCUAAGGCUCUGUGGACAGAAUUCCUGUAAUCAUAAAUUGGGUUCACUGCUGGUAGCUUGAUUUUGUUAGAGGGGAGCUUUGGGGGUUACGGCACAGCUUUAAUCGGUGUCACCAUGGUGUGUAAUGACGUGGCGACUUCGAACGCCUUUUGUAUGAUUAAAUUUGUAUAAUAUGUAGCUAUAUCCAAGUGCUAUUUUCAUAGCCUUGCCUGUCUUAUGAAUCAAUCCAAUUCUACUGAAAAAAA